AUGGGUACCACUCCAACAGUGACCAGAAAUGAGCUUUUUGCCAAUGUCACCGGUUCUUCAGAUGAAAAUGGACUGUGCCACUGUUCUGUAUACCUCCCAGACACCACAUUUCCUGUGCAGAAGGUUGAGCGGCUAGAAAUUCUAGCCCAAACACUCUCCGUGAAGUUCGACCAGGAGCUCUCCAAAGUCAGCCAGUACACCAAAGCCAUCGAAAUCUAUGAACAAACUAUUCUGAACCUAAGUCUUAAGGUUGAGGCCAUGGAGAAGACCAGCAUUUCUUAUACUGAGCUGGACUUUCAGCUGGUGAAAAUGGAAAUCGUUCAAAUGGAAAAGCUGAUCACUCAGCUGAAGAGCACGCUAACUGGGAGCAAUGUGGUUGUUGAGCAGCUGCAUGUAGAGAUUAAGAAUCUGAGCCUCACAGUGACUGCGCUGGAAUCCCUGGACAAGAAUAACGUCCUGGCAAUCCGUCGAGAAGUCAUGGCUCUCCAGAAUAGACUGAAGGAGUGCGAAAAGGACCGAAACCAUACUAGCAUUCCCCACUUCCCACCUGGAAGUUGCAAUCACAGCGGAAUCCUAAAUGUCAGCCAGCCCUAUGUGAUUCAGCUGAACUGGAGAGGAUUUGCCUACAAAUAUGGUGCCUGGGGAAGGGAUUACUCUCCCCUAACUCCUGAGAAAGAUCUCUUCUGGGUUGCUCCAUUGAAUACUGACGGGAGAUACUUGGAAUAUUAUAGACUUCACCGUUCCUAUGACGAUUUGCUGCUCUACAAAAAUCCGAAGGAGUAUCGAGUUCAGUAUGGUGAAGGCAGCGGUACCGCCGUAUACAAAAAUUACAUGUAUUUUAAUGCACAUAGCUCCAGAGAUAUGAGCAAGCUGGAUUUAAACACCAACCAAGUGGCUCUGAGAAAAAUGCUUCCAAACGCUGCCUAUAACAAUCGAUUCUCCUAUGCGGGCGUAUCCUGGCAAGAUAUGGAUUUUGCAGUGGAUGAGAAUGGGUUAUGGGUGAUUUACUCCACAGAAGCCAGCACAGGUAACAUUGUGAUCAGCAGACUCAACGAGACGACACUGGAGGUGCUCGAUACGUGGCAAACAAGGCAGUAUAAGCCAUCAGUAUCAAACGCUUUCAUCAUAUGCGGGGUGCUGUAUGCCACGAGGACUCUCAAUACAAGGAAAGAGGAAAUCUUUUACAGUUACGACACCAACACAGGAAAAGAAGGGCAAAUAAGUAUCAUUUUUGAUAAAGUGAUGGAAACAAUUCAGAGCAUCAAUUACAGCCCUGGGGAUCAGAAACUGUACGUUUACAAUGACGCCUAUCUUCUGUUGUAUAAUCUAUUUUUCCAACCUCUUCCACUAUCGUAAUUUUCUACAGAGGUUUUU